AAUUAUUUAUGAAGGAUAAUUAAAAUGAAUCUGAAUAAAUAAAGGCUAAAGUAGUUGAUAUCAACAAUCAUGUUAUUGGUAAUUAAAUAUGAAUAAUGAUUAUAUAGACUUAAUUUCUAUAGAUCGCAAACUACUAUCUAAAGUAAUUCAUCAAGCAACUUUUUUAUUUGUAAUUGAAAAAUAGUCAUAAAGAGUUUUUUGUCAUAAACGAUCCCAAUAGAAAUAAUAUUAACCAGGAGCAUUUAGCACUUGUUUUACUGGAAUUGUGCUAGAAUCUGAGGAUUAUCGAUAAUGUGCUAAAAGAAAAUUAAUUUAAGAAACAGGAUUGGACCUAGAAUUAUCAUAUCUCAAUUCUUUCUAUUAUGAAAGUAAGACAAAUAAAAUAUGGGGAUAAAUUUUCUAUACAUUAUAUGAUGGAUAAAUUAUCAACUUUAUUUAAGACCCAAAAGAAGUUGAAGAAAUUGAAUUAAUGUCUUAUAGAGAGAUUGUGAUUAGAGAAUAGAAUGGAGAGGUAUUCACUCCUGAAAGUAUCCAAGCACUUCAUUUUUUAAAUAAGAGAGUUCUUCGUCAAUGAAAUUCAACAAAACAAAUCUAUGAUUGAUUUGUUUAUUUGCAUAGUCUAUUUAUAGC